GCGGCGCCGCGGUAGCAGUCUCUGGGUUGUGGCGUCCGGGGAGUCGCGACGGUUUCUGCCCUCGGGCCGUGGGGGCUGCCACGCCUGGAUGGUCCUUGCGGCGGCCCGUACCCCCGCAUUGGGCACCUGUUCAGGGCUGAGGCUGUUGCCGUGGCGGUGGGUUCUGGGGAGUACCGGUGACCUCUCUGCGGGUGCCCUGCGCCGGCUGUGGUCGCCCGAAGAGUAGAAGGGCAGCCGGCCUCCCGGUCUUCCCGACUCGCGGAGUUCCUCAAGCCUCCGAGAGCUCUGGAGGAGCCGCAGCUCUGAGGGGCUGCGGGAGUUCGAGCCCGCGGGUAUGUGAUCGGCUGCCUCGUACCCCUGAGGGCGCAAAGAAGCCCGUAAGAACUUUGCUUCCUCCUCCAGAGGCCUGGCUCCCUCGCUUUGGCUACCCCCGCAUUCAUUCCCACUUCCUCUCAAUGUACUCACCAUAUAUCUGGAAAUAUGAUCAGCGCCCCUGACGUGGUGGCCUUCACCAAAGAGGACGAAUACGAGGAGGAACCUUACAAUGAGCCGGCCCUGCCCGAGGAGUACUCGGUGCCGCUCUUCCCCUUCGCCAGCCAAGGAGCCAGUCCAUGGUCCAAACUGUCCGGGGCCAAGUUCUCUCGGGACUUCAUCCUUAUUUCCGAGUUCUCUGAGCAGGUGGGACCCCAGCCCUUACUGACCAUCCCCAAUGACACCAAAGUUUUCGGUACUUUUGAUCUCAAUUACUUCUCUUUGCGGAUCAUGUCUGUGGAUUACCAGGCCUCCUUCGUGGGCCAUCCCCCUGGUUCUGCCUACCCCAAGCUGAACUUCGUGGAGGAUUCCAAGGUCGUGCUGGGAGACUCCAAGGAGGGGGCCUUUGCCUACGUGCACCACCUCACCCUGUACGACCUGGAGGCCCGUGGCUUCGUGAGGCCCUUUUGUAUGGCUUAUAUCUCAGCAGACCAGCACAAAAUCAUGCAGCAGUUCCAGGAGCUCUCAGCUGAAUUUUCCAAAGCUUCAGAGUGCUUGAAAACAGGCAACAGGAAGGCAUUUGCUGGGGAACUUGAAAAAAAACUGAAAGACCUGGAUUACACCAGGACAGUGCUGCACACCGAGACAGAGAUCCAGAAGAAAGCCAACGACAAAGGUUUUUACUCAUCUCAGGCCAUCGAGAAGGCCAAUGAGCUGGCCAGUGUGGAGAAGUCCAUCAUUGAACAUCAAGACCUGCUGAGGCAGAUCCGCUCGUACCCUCAUCGGAAGUUGAGGGGGUCCGAUUUGUGUCCUGGGGAGAUGGCGCACACCCAGGAUCCGCCCAGCCAGGCAGCCACUACCUCUGACCCCGAAGAGUCUGCUGACACAGACCAUUACACCUGCAGACCCACCUACACCCCAAAACUCAUCAAAGCAAAGUCCACCAAGUGUUUUGACAAGAAGCUGAAGACCUUGGAAGAGCUCUGCGACACCGAGUACUUCACCCAGACCCUGGCCCAGCUCAGCCACAUUGAGCACAUUUUCAGAGGAGACCUGUGCUACCUCCUGACCAGUCAGAUCGACAGAGCACUCCUGAAGCAACAGCAUAUCACAAACUUCCUCUUUGAAGACUUGGUAGAGGUCGAUGACAGGGGGGAAGAGAAACAGGAGAGUGCACCCCCUAAGCCCAGUCACGACAGGCCGCCUUCCAGGUCUGUAGAAGAAUGUCCAGUUCCUCAAGUGUUAAUUAGCGUGGGCUCCUACAAGUCCAGUGUGGAGUCCGUGCUAAUCAAGAUGGAGCAGGAACUUGGGGAGGAUGGGUCCAGGGAAGUGGAGGUGACAGAGUCAAGCAGUUUUGACCCCCAGGAAAACUUGGACUACCUGGAUAUGGACAUGAAAGGAAGCAUCAGCAGUGGAGAGAGCAUUGAGGUUCUUGGCACGGAGAAGUCCACCUCUGUGCUGUCUAAGUCUGACAGCCAGGCCAGCCUCACGGUGCCCUUGAGCCCCCAGGUGGUCCGGAGCAAGGCUGUCAGCCACAGGACGAUCAGCGGGGACAGUAUUGAAGUCCUCAGCACCUGCCCCUCUGAGGCCCUCAUCCCCGACGACUUCAAGGCCAGUUACCCAAGUGCCAUUAAUGAGGAAGAGUCCUACGCAGAUGACGGUGGGGGAGCCAUCCACUUCCAGGCAGGCCUCAGCCCGCCGGAGCUGGGGGAGGCCGAGGAGGGCGGCUCGGGGGUCACCCCGUCACAGACAGACUCCUGCUGCAUUGGGAGGGAGGGUGGCACUCUGCGGGUGCCGCUCUCCACCCCGGGCCACACGCUCUCUGACGAGGACGGGGUCGUGAGUGUCCCCCCGCAGCGCUACCGGCAGAAGGACCAGGAGUUCCACAUGGACUUCUCGGUGGAAAACGCCAACGCCUCUUCCCGAGACAGCGGUUCCGAAGGCUUCCCUGCUUAUGAGCUGGACCCGAGCCACCUUCUGAUCAGCCGGGACGGCAGUAAGACCAGCCUGGAUGACCGCUCCGACGCCACCAGCUACGGGAGCAGCGUCAUCUCCUCCAGCUCCGACAGGACUCCCUCUUCUGUUCCUCCCACUGGCCCCUCUUCCGAGAGGCAUAAGAAGAGGGCGGGCCAGAACGCCUUAAGAUUCAUCCGCCAGUACCCCUUUGCCCACCCAGCCAUCUACUCCCUGCUCAGCGGGAGGACGCUCGUGAUCCUCGGGGAGGAGGAGGCCGCAGUCAGGAAGCUUGUGACCGCGCUGUCCAUCUUUGUCCCCAGCUACAGCCUCCACGCCAAGCCCGUGAAGCACUGGGUGUCCUCUCCGUUGCACAUCACGGAUUUUCAGAAGUGGAAGCUUAUUGGUCUGCAGAGGGUGGCGUCCCCCGCCAGUGCCGGCACUCUCCACGCCCUGAGCCGCUACAGCCGCUACACGAGCAUCCUGGACCUGGACCGGAAGACCCUGCGCUGCCCCCUCUACAGAGGCACCCUGGUGCCCCGGCUGGCGGACCACCGCACACACAUCAAGCGGGGCAGCACCUACUCCCUGCACGUGCAGAGUGUGCUCACGCAGCUCUGCGCCAAGGCCUUCCUCUAUGCCUUCUGCCGCCACCUGCACCUGCCUGCCCGCGGCACGGAAGCUGAGGGGUUGGCCGCCAGCCGCCAGGCCAGCUUCUUGCAGCUGAACCUGGGGCUGGUGAACGAAGACGUCAAGGUGGUCCAGUACCUGGCAGAGCUGCUGAAGCUACACUACACGCGGGAGCCUUCCGCAGCCGGCCAACCCGUGCUCAGGUUCGACUACGUCCCCAGUUUCCUAUACAAGAUCUGAGGUCAGGCCCGGCCACUGUGACCAAGACCUGUGACUCGGUACGGGGAGGGCGUUGGCAUGACCGGGGGUCUUCUGAGCUGUUUAGACUUCUGGUGUCGUUGGCGGGAAGGAAACCGAGGUGGCAGCCGUGGUUCCCAGGUGGCUCUGGGCAAGGACGGUGGGGGCACUGGCCCCCUGGUGGCAUCUGGAAGGACGGUAACAGCUCGCGGCCCCUUGGAGAGUGGCCUGGGGUUGGGACUGGGGGCCAGGGCAGAAGAAAACUUCGGCACUGUGAUGAGGGACAGGGAGGCGGAGCCUGCAGGGAGGACCACGCCGGCCCUCUUGCGCAGCAACAUCAAGGGGAGCAGCCGUUAACUGGAUUAUUUGGUCGAAAGCAGGACAAUGGAACGUCCAUUGCCUAGUGCAGACCCCAGCCGGACCUUUCGCGUGCCCUUGUGGAGCCGCCCUCCCAGGGGAGGCCCCUGGAUGCUCCCUGCCCUGUCCUCACGUCCUCGCCAGGCACGGAGGGGCCUGCCGCUGGGCUCCCAGGCUCAGCGGAGUGACCAGUCACUGGCCCCUGGUCAUCAGAACCCCUGUCGUGGGGGCCUGGGCACAGGCUUCCUGCUGUGCGGGCGAGGAGCCACCAGCUGUCCUGGGGGUGCCGACACUGUCCUCUCGGGGAGGGUCUGCAGGUGGGCUGGCGCUCGCCCGGCAGAGGUCACCGCAGACCGUCGCUACCACUUCACUACCUCACGGGGUGUCGCGGGCACGGGGCAGCCAGCGGGCUGGGAUCUCCUCCGGGAAGGCCGUGCUGGCCUGGAGCACACGCACUCACAGCAGCUCGUUCCGCCCCAGCUUAGUCCCAGCCCCACUUCCUGUUUACCCACCAGGACCCUCCUGACACAGUUACCACUGGUGUGUGUAGGUGGAUGGUUUUUUGCAACCUUGAAAAUGUCAUACUUUUCUUCUUUAAGUUGUUUGUCCCUAGGCAGGGAGAACUCUUGGUAUUACUGCUUUUUAAUUUUUUUCCCCAAGUUGUGGUAAAACGCACCUGAACCAGC